UUAUAAAUUCCAAUUGUGACAACUCUGCGCAGUCAGGUAAUAUCGGUUGUCCUGUCCGGCAGAAUACCAAUAUGGAGUGUAAUUUCUUUAAAAAAGUGGUUUGAUGAAUUAUUUUUUUAAAUAUAAAUGCUUGAUGGUGGAUUAAAUGAUAAAGUAGCGUAUCUGGCAAUAUUAUAUUUGGAUAUUAUAAAGAGUAGAUCCAGUUCCGUUAGAUGACCGCCAUAGGAACAUGAUACAUGUCUGAAAUAUUUGUGGAUGUCAAGAUUGUCAAGUGAAGAGUACCGAAGUUUUGAAAAAAAAUGGGGAAGUUGUUAUCAAAAAUUUUUGGCAAUAAAGAGAUGAGGAUAUUGAUGCUCGGAUUAGACGCGGCAGGAAAGACAACGAUAUUAUAUAAACUAAAAUUAGGACAAUCUGUAACCACUAUACCGACUGUGGGAUUUAAUGUGGAAACAGUGACCUACAAAAAUGUUAAAUUCAAUGUAUGGGAUGUUGGGGGACAAGAUAAAAUCAGGCCUCUUUGGCGGCACUACUACACGGGAACCCAGGGCCUGAUAUUUGUAGUGGAUUGUGCAGAUAGAGAUAGAAUUGAUGAGGCCAGACAAGAGCUUCAUCGCAUUAUUAAUGAUAGAGAGAUGAGAGAUGCAAUAAUACUCAUUUUUGCUAACAAGCAAGACCUGCCAGAGGCGAUGAAACCUCAUGAAAUUCAGGAAAAAUUGGGACUAACACGAAUUAGAGAUAGAAAUUGGUAUGUGCAACCUGCCUGUGCAACAACUGGAGAUGGCCUUUAUGAGGGACUUACUUGGUUAACGAGCAAUCACAAAUUAUAGCAUCCAGGUACACACUCAUUUUAGUAUAUGACUCCAACCAACACUAUUGUAAUAUUCUCCUCGAGAGGUGAUUCUCUAGGAUGCAGGCUACAUCGUAAUUAUAACCCUAACAUUCCAUAUAUAAAAUUAAAAAUAUUCUGUGGAUAAUUUUUGAAAAAUAUUUUUUUGAAAUUUUUCUCUUGUAUUAUUUGCUUAUAUCAGUGCAACUCAUAGUGAUGAAUUUAAAUAAAUUUGUAUACAUUUUAUCUGUUUGAAAGACAAUUUUUCCAAUGGGAAUAUAUUAAAAAAAAUUUUUUCUUCUAUUUGGGUGUGGUUUAGUUGACAGUCAUAUGUUUAUACAUAUACAGUUUAGACUUGUUAAACUCUUAAUAUUUUAACAAUUAUAAAUACAUAUAAAUAAUUUAUCUUAUGUCUAAAAUAUUAGUUUUUAUUGGAUAAUCAAGAGAUUACUAAAAUUGUUGUAACAGUUUGUGUUUAUAUUUUCUAAUUUCCAACUUUUUUAAGUAAAUAUCUGAAAUCAGAAACUAAUUCAAUAAACUGCAUCAAGAACUUAAAUUACAUGAUGAACUUUAACAACUAAAAAUAAAUAAUGAACAUUAUUUGUUUACUAAAUAUAAAUUGUGUCUAAUUAAAAUAAUUUUAAUCAUUUCUAUAGAAUGUAUACAAAUUCCAGGUUUGUUAUUGUUUAUUGUUAUAUAUGUUUAGUGUUUUAUAAAUACUCUUGCACUUAGGGUAAAUUUAAAAAGGUGUUUUGAGUAACCCAUUCAAACUGCCAGUCCACAGUCCAAUUGAACUUGACAAAAAUGGUGUAGUGUGUACAUAGUGGCAGUGUAUAAAUUUUCUUUAUAUGAAUGGUUGUGGCAUUAUAGACCCGUGUUCUUGAAAUUACCUCAACUGUAUUUUGUAUAUAAAUUAAUUAGUAUUAUUGUAUUGUUUUAUAAUGUGAAAUGUUAUUGCUGCAAUUGAAACUCCUUUAAUGAUUUAUUUUGUGUAGAACCACCUUGUUGACAAUUAUCAGUUUUCAAAUCCAUAAAUAAAUAUUUGAUAUUUGAUGAUAUUUAAUUAGUCUAAAAAUUGAAUAUCAGAUAGAGUUAGGUUAAUUUGAGUAUAAACAGAGUGCAGGAAUAAAUCAACUUUAUUUUUUUUAUAAAUUCCAAUACUUUUUCUCUAGACUUUGCAAAAACAAAAUUUUAUUUAACACUAGAGUAGACAGGUGGAAAAAAGUUACGUGGAUGGACAGACCCAAAUCAAUAAUGUAACAAGUUUUAUUUUUACGAAUUAUGGAAUUUUCUAUAAAACGAUUUACAAAUUACUUAGUUAUUGGUCAAAUUCAUAUUUCAUUUAUACAAAUAAAGGGUAUUAAAAAACUUUACACAAUUUUGUUAUAAAAUUUUGAAAAAUGAUCUAAAAAUACUAACUGAGUAAAUUAAUAGUAUAAAGUACUGUUUCCUUUCAAGAUAUUAGUCACACUAAAGAAGUUAAAUGCAACAUGAAUGGUUUUCUUAUUAUAAUAUCUUGAAUUUCAUAAUUUAUAAGAUGAAGAUCUUACUGUACACUGUAUUACUGGUUGAAAGGCAUAACCAGACUUUCCAUUGCUUACAAAAAUACUUUGUUUUACUGUCCUUGCAUCUGUAUCAUCUUCCUCAUUUCCUUGUUGAGGUUCUUCUCUUUUAAGGUUGAAUGCCAGAGAUUUCAGCAUGUUGGGUUGAAGUAGUAGUCAUGCUAGCUUCUUUAGAAAAUUUUGUAUUCUCGUUUAGAGCAAAUAUAUUCAUAAUGAUGUAACUGUAUAUUCUGCACAAAUGAUAUCGACAACAUCAACGCAACUUUUUUUAGCAAUGUAAUAAGUGAUAAUACUUGGUUUCUUUUGAUCUCCUGUAUCUGCAUCAACUUCAUCGUCUCUAUGAGUAACAAAACACAUCUGCUAGUAACUUCUACUGUUGGUGGUGUUUUGUUGAUAUCUUUCGCAAAUGGUAAAGUUCAAAACUAAUGAAUUUGUUUACUUAAAUUGUUAGGAAUAUAAAUUUUUUGCUGUAUAUAUAAAGAUGUGUGGUAAUAAGGAUGUGAGGAAUUAAAACAUAAUAGAAACAGUUCAAGAAAUGUUUUUAUAGUUUCCACUAAAUUGUACAUACUCGUAGGCGAAUUGUUAGAAAGUAAUUAAAAUAUGCAACAAGGUCGUUCUAUAUUUGUGGUACAAAAUUGAGAGAUAUAUUUUUUCUUUUUAAAUAUUUUAUAGAAUUGCAAAAUCACUAAAAAUAUGUAUAAUGUCUAAUAUUUUUCACUUAUUAUUAUUUUUACGUGUGUAUCAUAAAAAAAAACAAAUUACAAUGUAUUGGAAAAACAGGUCAACCAAUUUUUUUGUCACACGAAAACUUAUACCAAAUUUUGAAUGCACUAUGUACACCAAACAAUAAUAUAUCAGUGGAAUGGAAGAAAUUGACACAUCAGGGUCCUUUGUUUCAUAAAUUUUUAUAAAAAGUACAAACACUUGGAAAAAUGUUCCUUAAUGUACAAUAAAUAGCUUUGAUUUUCGUGAAUGUUUGGCUUCUGGUAGUUUCCUUUUAAAUCUGCUAGCAUUCCUGGACUUUUUGAUGAAAUAUUUCGCUUUGUUCGUCACUCAACGCACCCAAUUUCUCGGGGAAGAAAUCCAUACAUCCCAAUGCUUUGUAUGAAAUUAUAAACUCAUUGAUUAAGUCUUUGUAAUUUAUGGUUUUCUAUGAAAUUUUGGACAACAUUCUCAAAACAUUUCCAGGCGACUUUUUCUACAUCAAUCAGCUUUCCUUCAAUGUUUGUAUCCUUCAUUAGUUUCCGUAUUUGUGGACCAAUAAAUAUUCCCUCUUCAAUUUUUGCCUCGCUGAGUUUGGGAAAUUUCUCUUUCAGGUAUAAGAAUCCACUGCCAUAUUUAAGCAUAGAUUUUACAAACUUUUUCAUCAGGUCGAACAUUAUAUGCAACGGUAGUGAAAGUAUGUCGUCAGGGUUCACUAUAUGAUCAUUUUUAACAUUCUUCUGCCUUGGGAAUAAGUGAUCCACGCUUGGGCAAUACUUUCUCCUGUCCAAUUCCCAAAUAAAAUAUUUUGUGUAACCAAGCUGUAGCCCAAACAAAAGAGCAAUAACUUCAAACUCCACUAAUUUACCAAACAUGUUCGCUAUAUCUUAUUUUAUUAAGAAGGAACUUCAUGUUCUCGUAAGUCUCUUUCAUAUCAGAACCAUGGGCAACCAGAUCUGGAGGUCAUUUGUUUUCGUUGUAUAGCAACACUGCUUUCAAGCUAGUUUUUUCAAAUUUCAAUGAAUUUAUCACGACAGGAAAAUUUUCGUACCCGGAGAAAGUAAAUUCCAGUCGUUUAAUCUAGACCCUUAAAGCUCACAAAUUAAAAUCACGUACUAAAUACUUUAAAUAACUUUGUAUCAAUAAAUGUGAUUCCUAACUUAGGUCCCCCUCCUCAUAUACCUUACCGGGUGGACUAAGAACCAAUUCCUAGACUAGAAACAGAAUCCUGACUUUCUUCUCGAUUGACACAGGCAGUUCGGUACUAUGUAGUAUUGGUCUGUUGGCCGAUGACAAGUUUGUGUACUGGACAGUGUGUUUGGACUUAGUUGUGACGCCUUUUGUUUGAAUCAAAGAAAAAUAACAAUCACUUAAAUGAUUAUUUGGUUCCGUUGGAAUCAUUGGUAUACCAAAAGGCAAAUGUCUAGAUUCUUGUUUAGCCCAACCAAAUAAGAGUCUCACACACAUACAACAUAAAUGUGGAACCCAAGAUAUAUCUUGAUAGCAACACAGGAAAACGAAAAUAGUCUAAAUGGCACAGAAACUUAAUUCUCCACACACAUAAAAAAACUGUGCGCUAGAACAGUUUUUAUAUUGUAAGAAACGUAAUUUAGUUAAAUGCAAUCGUUUUACAGUCACCUAAAUUAAUUUAUUCAAACAAAAACACGUAAAUAGCUGUCACAAAAAACUGGAUGUGACCGAAAGAAAAUAAUAAUUUUUUUUAAUGAUGGUACAUCAAAAUGGAAAACAUUACAAAGCUCGUGUGACAAAAACAGUUUACCAGUGUAAUGCAUUCCAAAUAGGAGCUCAAUAAGUUUGAGCGAAUUUUUUAAUAUUAAAAAAUGAAACUUUAAGAUACAUACGUACAUUCUGAUUUUUUUUUGUUUUAGUAGAACUAAAUUCGUUAUUUUUAUUUUUCUUUUUAUUUCGUGGAUAUUGCCAAAUAAUACCUUUAUGUAAGUAAAGACUGAAUAGAUAUAAGGUUUUUCUCACACACUAAGAUUCGUAAAAUCUUUUUAAUAUGCUUUUGUGUGAACAGAAACGCAAUUUUUCACAGUUUUUUUUAAAUAUAUGUAUCCACUCAACAUUUUGAUGUUUGAAUAUGAAUUAUUUGUAAUUCAAUGUUUAUAACACAGAAUUUUAUCUAGAAGUCUUCUAUAAUAAUAAACGAAUUUUUUUAUGCAUUCUGUGUUUUUUCGAUGUAAAACUUGUUCAUUCUUUAAUUGGAGUUGAAUAGUAUCCAGCAUAAUUUGAAUACGCUGAAUACCAUCCCACAUUCCAUUAUUCAUUCAUGUUAACAUCUGCCUUCUUAAAUAAUUAUUAAAUUCGUAAAAACAAAUGGAAUUUUUUUAUUGAAAACGGUAUUUUUUUGUUUAUCCAAUUUAUUUUAAUUACGUAAACAAAUUGUUGCAUAAUUUCUUUAUGAAUCGUUUGACAGUAUUUGUAAAUCAGCUUAACCAAACAGUUUAUUCUACACACUUUUAUCAGUUAUUCCGAGGAUUGUUUUCAUAAUAAAUAAUUUAUAAAUAUUUCUCAGUUUAUAAAUAUGUCCAUGUUUUAUCUUCUUCCAAGGAAAUCUUUGUCAAAUAUCAUGUAUCAAUCAUUUUAUUAUUGAGAACUUUCGAUUUUUCAACAAGGAUUUUCUCCCUUAACGAUUCCUUUCUUAAAUACUCAAUUUUAUAAUAGAUUUAACUUAUUUUCGUAGAUAGCUUUCGCUAGAUUUAUACCAAUUUAAGAUUGUUGAUGCUCAUGUGCCUGCUGAACACAACAUCAUGUUUGCUCCUUAGAGUUCUCGCAUCUAGCUCGAAGGAUCAUACAGUUUGAGGGUUGGUUUAGUGGUAAUAGUAAACACCAAAGAUUUCAGAAAUUCUAACUUACAUAACCCCACUGGUUGUUUUACGGAUUUACUACUGUUUGAAGAUAAAUCUUAUGUUUUGUACCUCUCUAUUCGUAAAUAAAGUCAUAUUAAUUCAAUAUCAAUGACAGAGGUUUGAAACAAUUUUUUAGUUUUUUCAUCUGUUUUCAAAAUAAACAAAUUAUCUAUCUCUACCGAAUAAUUUUUAUUUAAUUAUUAUUAAACUUUUUAUAUUCCUAAUUUAGAGUGGCACAAAUUUCUUUAUAAUCAGGAUAGUUUUUUUAGUGAACACACAGUUUACCUUCAGUUUCUGAAGAUGAUAAAUUCGUUAUCGAAACACCCUUCAUUUAGUGUAAUUGUUGGUGUAGUGGUAGUGUAAACAGUGUGUUCGGUACAAAUAUCACCAACGAUUCCAAUUUGGGAUAGUUUUUUUGUUAAUGAAUAAUUGAACAGUUUUUAAAAUAAAAUUAUUUGAUAGCCCUACAUUUUCACCCUUUGUAUUAUUCUUGAAAACAUAUUUUUUUGUGGUGUUUGCUUUGAAUUAUUCAUACUAAAAAUCAGAUAUGAAACUAGUAUUAAAGUAUGUUUUUAAAAUUAUGGAGUUGGUAUUGUUUUCGAAGCAGAUUGAUAUUUUUUGACUACAUUCGUACUAGAUCAAAAAUUGAGCGGAUUGAGCACGGCUUAGUAGAAAUAAUUAGAAAAAUAAAUUAAAAGGAAUUAAUAUCCUAGAGAGCAAUUAAUAAAUAAUUUAUCUUGCUACAAUGCUUAAUAUAUUUUUAAGAUGUUUAGGUUCCUUAUUCUGUUUUUGUAUAUGUUUGCAAGGUAGAUGGACUAGUUAAAAUAAUAUUUACUUUAUAUCUGUGCAUAUUUCAUAUAAUAAAAUAUUUAUUUGAAAAAUAAACCAAUUAGGGAUUUUACUAAUCCACUUUGUAAUUAUACCAAAUUCUCCGUCCGGUAUAAAUCGUAUCGUGUAUCUUUCCCAUUAAAUUAAAGCAAACCCUUUUAAAAAAUUCAGCUUAUUCAAUGAUUAUACUUUAUAAUUAUUUUAACUAGUCUUUAAAAUAUUUUAUGUAUAUGUAACUAACUGAUAUAUAUUUUUUAGUUAAACAAUUAUUAAAAAUGUAAAUUAUUUAGCUUAAAUAUGAAAAUUUAUAAAUUCUAAAUUAAUUCUUAUUGCCAAAAUGUUAUAUAUGUUGUAUCUUCGGUCAAAGCGAAGGUAUAGGUUCCAGCAUGUUAUUUUUAAUUACAAAUUCAAAAUUUUUGUGAUACAUUUUUUUUUUAUUGAGUAAUGCAAGGCAAUAUUAAUAAAAAUUCGAAA